AUUCCCCGAAGUCUCUGUCUGAGCAACAAUGCAAGAAAUUGCGGCAAAAUAACACUUUCCAUCGCGAGAUUUUCACAUUUUCCAUUCGAAAUUGUCAAUUAUCAGCCAUGCCUGUAUUUGGAUCAUAAGUAGCGACAAAAUUUGCAGCAAAACACGAGCAUCGGCAAAUCAAUCGAUUUUCGUAGAAAAAAAUUUUUUUGGAAAUAAUAUAGAAAUUUGUUGAAAAUAUAAGAAAAAAACAGCAAAAAUGGAUGUGAAAUAUUUGACGGAGGAACAUCUCAAGGGUUUCGACAAUUACAAGUAUAGUGCUAUCGAUACGAGCCCGUUGUCCAUCUACGUGAUGCAUCCUUUUUGGAAUCGAGUUGUUUUGCUCUGUCCCAAAUGGAUUGCUCCAAAUGUUCUAACCUUUGUCGGAUUUCUGUUUACCGUACUGAAUUUCGUGCUUCUCUCGUACUACGAUUACCAUUUUUACGCCAGCACAGAACUCGAAGGAGCAACGCCAAUUCCUAAUUGGGUGUGGUUAGCUGCUGCCAUAAAUAUCUUCCUUGCCUACACACUCGACGGCAUUGAUGGGAAACAAGCACGUCGCAUCGGGCUUUCAGGUCCUCUCGGAGAACUUUUCGAUCAUGGAUUAGAUUCGUACACAGCGCCGUUGAUUCCCGCCUGUUUGUACAGCAUUUUUGGAAGACUUUCGGGAUCCGUGGCGCCUCUGCGGAUGUAUUAUGUCGUUUGGACCGUGCUUUUUUCCUUUUAUGCGUCGCAUUGGGAGAAAUACAAUACGGGCGUUCUGUAUCUUCCAUGGGGAUAUGAUUGGGGCAUGUGGGCAUCGACCUUCAUGUAUCUCGUAACGUGGUUCAGCGGAUACGAAAUGUGGAAACGAAAUUGGCCAUUGGGCUUGAAGCCGGGAUUCGUGAUGGAAUUCUUGUUGCAUGUCAGUGCACUCGGCAGUAUUCCCAUUAUUUUGUACAACAUUUAUCAGUCGUAUGUCGAUAAAACGGGAAAAAUGCGAAAACCAAUGGAAGCGUUGAGACCUUUGUUCUCGUUCGGAAUUUUUAUGGGAAUUUCGUUAGCAUGGGCGCAUUUGUCUCCAACGAAUAUCCUUGAAACGCAUCCGAGAGCUGUGUAUCUGCUCAGCGGAACGAUUUUCAGCAACAUUAGCUGUCGAUUGAUUGUCUCACAAAUGUCUAAUACUCGAUGUGAAGCAUUGCACUGGAUGUCUCCUAUACUCUUUGUUGCUAUGUUAAUAAGUUUUAUGAUUCCAAGAUUAGAGACAAUUAUCAUAUAUCUACUUCUCAUUGGAAGCACAUUAGCGCAUUGGCAUUACGGAACGAUGAUUGUGCAACAAUUGUGCGUUCACUUCAACCGUAUUUGCUUCAAAGUCACCAAAGCAACUCCUUCAAAGAAUAAUUAGUUGAUAGUUAGUUAAAAUUUGAUUCGAAUCGUUUUUUCGAACACUUUUCUCUCUAUUUUUUUUAGUUUUUAGCUCUAUUCUAACAAAAAUUGUACUCGAACAAAUUGUACUUAGGUAGCGAAAAUUUUCCUCCAAGUUUACAAAAUCUUCAUGACAAAUACUCUCUCAAAGCUGUCUAUUUUUUUAUAAGUUUAUUUAUUAAUUUUCGAUUUUAUUGCUCGAUUGAUUGAAUCAUCACAGUAUUUUUAUCUAAGAAACUUUAUUUAUUUAAUUUAAAGCUUAAAUUUAGUAAAAUAAGUGAAAACCCAUACGAAUGAAAAACGAAAGAUACCGAAGUAUUUUAAGCAUAAGGACUUCCCCUCGUGAAAUUCUCUCUAAAAAUUGAUAUUAUUGGAGAUUAAAUUUUGUCUAUUUAUUUAUUUUUCUUUUUUUUAGCCAUGAAAUGUAAAGUUAAUUUAAAUGAUUUGAACAAAAAAAAAUCUAAAUGUAAUAAAAGUAAUAUAUAUUUGAUUGUCGAACA